CUUUCUUUCCACCGGAAAAGACAUCGUCAUCUUGUUCCUUCCUCUCCCCUCGCGCCCGCAUUAAUGGAAGCAGCAGCAGCAGCGGUGGCAGCAGCACCUCUCCCCUCCUCCCACCACUGACCCACACUCCCUCCCUCCUCCGCUCCUCGCCGUCGUAGCCAAACCCAGGUUCUUUAGCUCCUGUUUAUGCACAGCAUCAGAUUCGGGUGGACUAGUGUUGAAGAAAGCAAAUCUCAGAUUUUUUUUUUUUUGGGUGAAAGAUUUGCAUCUACCUUUGCUCUAAGAUCCACUUGCAAAAGCGCCAACUAGUAUUUUCUCCUAAAGUUCCAAAGCUGAUGGCUUCACCAGAUGUGGAUUAUCCCUGGUCAUCCUCUGCAGGUGAAACAUUCUGCGGCUAUUUCAAUAUGCAACUGGAGGAAGCAGAUCCAGCCGAUAUUUCCUCUGCGCUGGAAUCUCCCACUCCUUCCUCCUCCAAUAAUUAUAAUAUCCCAAAACCACCUUCUCCCCCUGUUAAAACCUUUACAAGAUCCAACCGUGCAAGACUUCCAGAUUGUAGCUCAGUCCCCAGAGAAACAAAACAAACAUGGGAUAGCCUUUUCAUGGAUGGAUAUGGCGCAGAUGUUUACAUUUUUAUGGAAGAAAAUUCAUUUAUUAUGGCACAUUCCAGUAUUCUGUCUGCUGCUUCGCCAGUGCUUCGUAAUAUAAUGUAUCAAUCAACAGUUAUGAAUGGUAUGAGGUACAUGAGGAUUCCUGGGGUCCCUAGUGAAGCCGUCCAAGCGUUCAUUCGCUUUCUUUACUCAUCCUGCUAUGAAGAAGAAACAAUGACGAAGUAUGUUCUCCAUUUGCUGAUUCUGUCGCACUCCUAUUCAGUUCCAUCGUUGAAAAGGGUUUGUACUCACUAUCUGGAGUAUCACUGGCUGACCAAAGAAAAUGUUGUAGAUGUGCUCCAGUUGGCUAGAUACUGUGAUGCACCGAGGCUUUCCCUCUUUUGUAUCCGCAUGGUUCUGAAGGACUUCAAAAGUAUAUCCUUGACUGAAGGUUGGAAAGUAAUGAAGCGUGCUAAUCCUGCUCUUGAACAGGAGCUCCUAGAGGCGGUUGUUGAAGUAGAUUCUAGGAAACAAGAGAGGCUGAGGAAGAUGGAAGAGAGACAGGUAUACUUGCAACUUUACGAGGCCAUGGAAGCCCUCCUUCACAUAUGCAGAGAUGGUUGCCGGACGAUUGGACCACGCGACAAACUCCUUAUAGCAUCGCAGCCUGUCUGUGGAUUUCCUGCUUGUAAAGGACUUGAGACCUUAGUACGUCAUUUUGCCAGUUGCAAGGUCCGUGUUCCUGGAGGAUGUGUACACUGCAAGCGCAUGUGGCAGCUUCUUGAACUGCACUCUCGGAUGUGUACUGAGCCUGAUGAUUGCAAGGUUCCUCUCUGUAGGCAAUUUAGAGUGAAGAUUCGGCAUCAGAGCAAGAAAGAUGACUCCAAGUGGAAAAUGUUGGUCAACAAAGUAAUUGCAGCUAAGAAUACAUUGGGACCAUUCUCAGCUCGGUGCUCAGGUUUAUUGUGAUAUCCUUGUUUCUUUAAAAGCCAUGCUUGUCCACAAGCUUGAUUCAUCCCAAUUCAAAAAGAAUAAAUAAAUUGCUGGGAACUUAUAGUUCUUUUUUAUACUAUAAGUCUUUACAGUGACCUGUACAUUAGUUGGCUGGAUAAUGUAUAUACAUUACUCACAUUUGACUUUUAGCUUCUCUUUUUUUUUU